AUGAAUGAUGAGGAACAAUUUAAGACUGCCUGUGUAGAGGUGUAUAAGUGCGCUUAUCAACACUUUGGGGGUGAAGAAUUGCCAGAAAGUCGAGAUAAAUGUAUUUGCAAUGCUCUUUCGUGGAUAACUCUUUCAAAUUCUCCUCCUUUGCGCAUUUUAGGCCAGAAACUCAUUCGCAGGGUCCUCUUUCUUCAAGCAUAUCAUGAACAUAUCGUAAGAGAAAUUUUGCAAAGGAUUGAUGUACAUGAACCUAUAUGUUUACUCGAAUUACUUACUGCUUCUCCUCCUUCUGACCAUAUUCUCCAAGCUUUGCAUCCGCAUUGGCCGAAAAUUCGAAGGUAUUUUAUCCAGCUGCUAGAUUAUCAGUGCACCGAGGAAAGAGUUAGCAAUAUUCAGGACAUGUUCAAAUUUUGGAAGCGAUGUCUUAAGGCUACUAUGGCUGCUCGCGGUCACUUGGCUUCAGAGUUGAUUUGCCUUCUUAACGAGACUGUUGCUCUUCUCCGUGGUAUUUUGGCCUUGGGUGCGCCAGCAGUAUCUUUGCUUGGUUGCUUUAACUUGCUGCAAAAACUAGUUGAAAUUGUAUGCUUCGAUACCUGGACAUUCGGUCUAAAGCUCAAACGACCUGGUUUUGUUAAUGACCAGCUUUACAAUGAGGUUUUGUCCCUUCUAGUCGAUCUGAAAUCAGCUUCUCGAGUCUCAUCUUCUGACGUAGAGUAUUUCGAGUUGGAAAAAUUCGAGAUUCUUUCCACUUAUGUAAUAGCCCGGGCCUUGUAUGCUUAUGGUGAGCAUCCUAAACUUUUAGCCAGAUGGUUAUCCAUAGAGGCUGAACAGAUUAUUGAAAUGUACGCUGAAGAUGAUGUCAUAUUAUUUCGGAUGUUGAUUACUCUCCUAAUGAUCGAAAACAAGCACCUAAAAUCACUCGGCAAAAAUAAAUCGUCAAUCGCGUCUGCCCAUGAUCUAUUCGCGAAUAUGCUCAAGUGGAUUAAUUUUGAUCGCCAUGUAAUUGUUGAUUGGCUCGUUUCACCCGAAACAGACUGUUUGACUUACCUCCUCGCCUAUACAAAGCGGCUUGGAGCCGCGUCUAACAAGGAGAUUGCUCCUGAAUAUAGGGAUUUAUGGCGUCCUUCUGAUAAAUGGCUGGAGAAGCAUGGAGAAGACGUAAAUACAUUGUUUUCUGAGAUUGUGCAGAGUCUCACAACUCUAAAUUUUAAUAAUUCACUACCAUUUUCACCAGAAUUAUUGAUUGCAAAUAUUAAUAAUGCAAAAGAAAUUUUAAUGUAG